GACUCGACCAACAAGUUCACGGGGUCUUAUAUCCGCCCCCACACCAACCUGACCGAGAUCUGUGAAGGCCUGUCCCUGCUGUGGCGCGCCGGCGUCAGCCCCUCCAAAGUCGUCCUCGGCCCGGGUUGGUACGGGUGCACCCGCUCCUCCGGUACCCUCUCCAACGCCGAGAUCAAGCGCGUCCUGGCCUCGGGAGCCGGCAAGGAGUCGUACGACGCCACCGCCGGCGUCCGCUGGCUGACCUGGAACACGGACCAGCGGGUGAGCUACGACGACGGUGUCAACGUGCAGCAGAAGAUCGCCCUGGCCAAUAACUUGUGUCUGGGAUGCAUCAUGAUUUGGGCACUGGAUCAGGACGACGCCAAGGGCAGCAGCAAGAAGGACCUGCUGGGCACUGGCCCGGCCAACGGCAUCUCAGAGGAGGCGGCCGAAUCGUACAUGAAGCAGCUGGCAAACGCGACGCUGCAGAAGGCCGUCGCCUCGAGCUGCUACUGGACCCUGUGCGGCGGCGGUUGCAACCACGGGCUA